CCCAUUUGCCCGUCAAACAAAUAAACUCGCGUUUGUUCAGUCAAAAGUCUCAGCGAAAACAGAGAAGAAGAAUUACAUACCUGCAAAUUCCAGGAGAUGCAAGAAUGAGUCUUGGACCGAACCAAAAAUCAAUGUUUUAAAGAAACUCUGCAACGAGAAUGGUCUCCAACGCUGGCCACACCGUAAAUUUCUGGCGGGUAAGAACAUUGAAGAAAUAAAGAAGGAAGCUGCUGAACUGAAAAGUAAGGCAGUUGGUGGAAUAUCACCAACGAGCGAUGUAACAACUGCUUCAUCUACAACUACUUCUCCGGGCUCGCAUAUCAAAGAUAAGAGUCCGAGGUCUGCUCUCGAGAUGUCGAAGUCACAAGGGAGUACACAGGAGCCAGGAAGCAAGACAACGAUCACUUGGCGGACCCACCACGUGCUUGCUUCUGGUUUAGCAUCAGAAACCAAUACCUUUUCAGAUGAGUUCAAAUAUGGAUUCCCAUCAGGUGGCUUAUCAGAGUGCAGUAACAGAUGGUGGAGAAGUAGCUUUGAUGGUAAUGACACCAAAACAAGUUCAAAAAUUGAAGAUAUUACCAAGGUACAAGCUGAUGGUGGCAUUUCUAGUAUAUGCGAGGAAAAAGCCAACAACGCGACACGGGAAUCCGAGUGUGAUAACAAGCAGGAUGAAGUUUCUGAAUGUGAUAAGCAAAAUGAAGUUUCGUUAUCAGCCGUCAGAAAACGAGCUCUGGAGGAAGGUAAGGAGGCUCUAAAGUUUCGUGCUUUGAAGAAAUAUGGAGCUGAUAAACUGGGAAAUGAAGAGAAGAUAUUGUUGCGUCGAUUAUAUCAAACUAGUUAAAACCAUUGUCCAAGAAUCGGAAAUUUCUGAUGAAGGAAAACUCACUUGGUGUUGCCUUCCUUGUAAUGCACUCGAACUACUAUAAUAUGUCAAUGGCACGCUAUUGACAAAGGCUACUUUAUCUUCUUUUCUAUUUAUUUGUAUUUUUAGAUAGAAAAGCAAA